UUAGCCAGCUAUCAAGACAUGGCUCCACUUGUUGCUGCUGCCACGAAUCACACUGCCCAUAGAAGCCACAUAGUAGGACCCAACAAUGAGAAUUUUCCAAGGCACCAACCUUGUUCAUCACAAAACAGAAACAAGAGACUCAGGCUUAGGUCACGAGCACAAAGGAUAAGCAGUCAGCUGCUUGCAAGCCGAAAGCUUAUGCCAUGGCAAAUCCCUAAAAGGGACUGGUUUCCUCCUAGCUUCAUCUUUGGUGCCGCCACCGCAGCAUACCAAAUUGAGGGCGCCUGGAAUGAAGAUGGGAAGGGGCCAAGCAAUUGGGAUCACUUCUGCCACAAUUAUCCGGAUUGGAUACUGGACGGAAGCAAUGGGGACACUGGAGCCAAUUCCUAUCAUAUGUACCCUGCGGAUGUCAGAUUGCUAAAGGAAAUAGGCAUGGACGCGUACAGAUUCUCCAUCUCUUGGUCCAGAAUACUGCCGAAGGGAACGCUCGAAGGAGGUAUUAAUCAGGCCGGCAUCAAGUACUACAAAAAGCUCAUCAACUUAUUGAUAGAGAACGGAAUAGAGCCAUUUGUAACAAUUUUUCAUUGGGACGUCCCUCAAGCACUGGAAGACAAGUACGGUGGCUUUUUAGGCGACAGGAUUGUAAAGGAUUACACAGACUUCGCUAAGGUGUGCUUUGAGAACUUCGGUGACAAGGUGAAGAAUUGGUUGACCUUUAACGAGCCACAGACAUUUACAACCUUUUCGUACGGAACGGGAGUUUUUGCCCCUGGACGGUGCUCACCAGGAGAAAAAUGUGCUCAGCCUAUUGCUAACUCACUCACCGAACCAUACAUUGCUGGCCACAACAUCCUUCGAGCCCACGCUAUGACUGUUGACCUCUACAACAAGAAUUACAAGGGUACAGACGGCCGCAUUGGGCUUGCGUUUGACGUAAUGGGUCGCGUGCCAUAUGGAAAUACAUUUCUCGAUGAACAGGCCCAGGAAAGGUCCCUCGAUCAAAACCUAGGAUGGUUCUUGGAGCCUGUGGUCCGUGGUGACUACCCCUUCUCCAUGAGAUCAUUAGCGAGGAAACGGCUACCUUUCUUCACGGAUAAUGAGCAAGCGAUGCUAGCGGGUUCCUAUGACAUAUUGGGGAUAAAUUACUAUACCUCAAGGUUCUCUAAGCACGUCGACUUCUCAGAAGACUACUCACCUAAGCUCAACGCCGACGACGCCUAUGCCACUGCAGAAAUCUUUGGACCUGACGGGAAUUCUAUUGGUCCUCCUAUGGGAAAUCCAUGGAUCUACAUGUACCCUAAAGGCCUAAAGGAUCUUCUUAUGAUCAUGAAGAACAAAUACGGAAACCCGCCUAUCUAUAUCACCGAGAACGGAAUCGGGGACGUUGACACAAAGGACAAUCCUCUAUCCAUGCAAGAUGCGUUGGAGGACUACAAGAGGCUAGAUUACCUCCAGCGCCACAUCUCAGUUAUUAAAGAAUCAAUAGACUUGGGGGCGGACGUGCGCGGCCACUUCACAUGGUCUCUGUUGGACAACUUCGAGUGGUCUAGUGGCUACACCGAGCGUUACGGCAUCAUCUACGUCGACCGUGACGACGGCUACAGGCGCUACCUGAAGCGCUCAGCUAAGUGGCUGAGAGAGUUCAACGGAGCUGCCAAAAAGGCUGAAAAGAAGGUUCUUACGCCAGCUUAGAAUGUAGUGGUGUGUAGUUUCAGUUCAGCUGUGUGUCUGAUGUGUAUGGCCGUGGGAUGAAACAAGCUAGCUAGAAUGUAGUGGUGUGUAGUUUCAAUUCAGUAGUGUGUGUCCGACCCGUUUUAUGCAAAUAAAUAAUUAAUGGACGUGUGAUCCAUUUGUC